ACGAGGGCAACAUUUCCAACGCAAUCGUCGUGCAGUCAACAUCUCAGGAUACAUUCCUCCGCAAGACCGAAGAGGUUCUUCAGCCAGACAUUCUUCAAGUUCCCGAGAACUCACAACACAAAUUCCAACACAAUGGCCACCAAGUACGAGAUGUCCAAGACCUACCAGUACCGCAAGGUGAUGAAGCCCCUGCUGGAGCGGAAGCGUCGUGCCCGGAUCAACAAGUGCCUGGACGAGCUCAAGGAUCUGAUGGCCGAGUGCGUGUCCCAGACGGGCGAUGCCAAGUUCGAGAAGGCCGACAUUCUGGAGGUCACAGUGCAGCAUCUCCGCAAGCUGAAGGAGGCCAAGAAGCAGGCCCCGGCCAAUCCCGAGCAGAGCUUCCGUGCCGGAUACAUCCGGGCGGCCAACGAGGUGUCCCGCGCCCUGGCCUCCCUUCCCCGAGUGGACGUGGCCUUCGGCACCACCCUGAUGACCCACCUGGGCAUGCGCCUCAACCAGCUGGAGCAGCCCAUGGAGCAGGCGCAGGCCGUCAACACUCCGCUGAGCAUCAUCUGCGGCGGAUCCAGCAGCUCCAGCUCCAACUCCAGCUCCUGCUCCAGUGCCAGCUCCUCCUACUCCGCCAUCAGCCCCGUCUCCAGCGGCUACGCCAGCGACAACGAGUCCCUGCUCCAGAUCAGCAGCCCCGGCCAGGUGUGGCGCCCCUGGUAAAUCUGGACACGCAUCCGGAUCCACUUCGAAGGACUGAACCCCCGCCGACGGGCAAUCGCGCAAUCGGAACUGCCAGCUUUAGAAAAUGCUUUACAAUGAUCCUCAUUUAUUUGUUACGUUACCGAGUUUUAGGUUUCUAAGUUAAGUCUGUGAUAGGGCGCGCUUUAUUAACUUUUGUCUUAACUCAAUCGAGCAGAAGUCUGUUUUUACUCUACUUAUACGCAAAUGUUUACCAACUAAGAGAUCUCAAGAAUGCAAGCAAGAGAAAAGAUAUGAAAUCAUUUUAAAUACAAAAUAUCAAACGAAAUUUACCGAAAUCUUCUUAUUUGGGGAACUCUUUUACAGCACUCUCCAAUAGGAUAUCUUGGUCCUGCACGAGUUUUGGAUGCCUUUCUUUUCCAAUAGGAAGUACAAAUCUCCUGGGUAAUUAACCUUUCAUUGAAGGAGAAGGCUUCUUUUGAUUGAAAUACAUCACCAUACAAAUGUUCAUGCACAAUACUCUGAAUUCAAAUAUAU